AGGUGUGUGGACACACGGGUAAAAAAAAAGGCAGAGCGCGAAUACGGCCGUAAACAAUUACCAACACACACGUAAGCUGAAGCGCAGGCACGCACGCAGCGAAACAAUGGAGGAACCCCAAUGUAACAUUCUGUAUGAACAUAUGAACGAGGAAAAAAAAAUAAAGCUAAUAAAUGUGGCAAAGGAAGUGUACCACAACAUAAAUAACAAUAAAAUAAAUUCCUGGAGAUGCGCGACGAUAGCUUUGCGAGACAAAAUAAAAGAAGUUUUCGAUUUUAAUGAAAAGGGAUGGCAUAUUAUUAUAGGAUAUAAGUUUGGCUUCUUCUGUACCCACGAAGUGUACAAUGCUUUACAUUUUAAGUUAGACCACGUGGAGUUUCUCAUUUUCAAGCACGGCUAACAGAGUGGAAGCGCACUUCGGUUAUUUAAUUUGCAGCGUGAGGAUGUUAAUGAGGAGGAAUAUUUUACUUCCCGUGGGUGUACAUACAUAAGUGAGCUCAUGCAGGGAUACACGUGUGCGUGUGUACCCCCCUCCAUGAAGAAAUGUUAAUACGCAAAAAAAUAGGGGAAGAUUUUGCUAGGGGGACUUCCUCACAAUGAGAAGAACAAAACGAAAAAAAUAAAAUAAAAAAAAAACCCUUGUUGUUAGGAUGUCCUUUGUCCAGAAAACGGUGAAGAUUUCCUUUUCUUAGUGUAGAUAGGUUGGAAGCAUUUCCACCGCUUGAAGCCUGUAGGCGUGCACACCAUUAUUUUAUUUUAUUUUUUUUUUUUAACCUGUUCAUGCACACAUAACCAAAGAAAUAAUAACGACACGUAAAAGGUGAGGGAAUGCCU